GUCAUCUUGUUUUUGGAAAGAGAGUUCGUAGGCGAUCAUCUCUUUCUCCACUAUUCAGUCUUUUUUCUCAAUUAAACCCUACAAAUUUCCCGAUUCACCGAAUAUUUGGUUGCUUAUUAAUCUCUCCGUUGCGGCAUCGUUAAUUCAUUCUUUCUUCAUUUUGGGUUAAUCUUCAGAAUUCCUUAGAGUAAAGAUUGUUGAGUGGUGAAGCAUAGCUUGGGAACCAGAGGCUGCUUGAUGUUCACAAGAGAUGGACAAACUUUGUCUCUUUGCGCGCGAGAAAGUUUGGUGCUUCUUCUGGUGGAGCAGUAGGGACUCCUAUGAGUGAGGAGGUGGAUGCCUAUUAUCCGGUUAAACCAGAAUGCCAAGCCGACAUUCCCAAGAUCCGUUUUAAGGCCAGGGUGGGAAAAACUUUAAGUGCAAGAAGAUGGAAUGCUGCAAUCUCUCAAGAUGGUCAUUUGGAUAUUGCAGGUGUGCUCAGGAGGAUACAAAGAGGGGGCAUUCAUCCUUCAAUCAAAGGUGCAGUCUGGGAGUUCUUGUUGGGUUGUUUUGAUCCCAACAGCACCGUCCAGGAAAGAAAUGAGAUCAGGGAACGGCGGAGGAAGCAGUAUGCCACAUGGAAAGCUGAAUGUCAAAAGAUGGUACCUGUUAUUGGUAGUGGAAAGCUUAUUACGGCAGCCAUAGUAACUGAUGAUGGCCAACCAACAGAAGACCUAUCGGCCAACAGUGAUUCACAAGAUAGCAAUAUUGCCAUUGCCAAUAAUGAUACUGUAUUAGACAAAAAAGUGACUCAGUGGAAGCUGAUCUUGCAUCAAAUUGGUUUGGAUGUUGUACGCACCGAUCGUGCUCUUGUCUUCUAUGAGCAUGAAGUUAAUCAAGCAAAACUGUGGGAUGUUCUUGCCAUAUAUGCUUGGGUGGACAAGGAUAUUGGUUAUGUUCAAGGAAUGAGUGAUAUUUGCUCUCCAAUGGUUAUUCUUCUAGAAAAUGAAGCUGAUGCAUUUUGGUGCUUUGAGCAUGCAAUGCGUAGAUUGAGGGAAAAUUUCAGGUGUACUAGAAGUUCUAUGGGGGUGCAAUCUCAAUUGAAUAUCCUUUCACAAAUUAUUAAAGUUGUUGAUCCUAAGCUUCAUCAACACCUUGAGGAUCUGGAUGGUGGGGAGUAUCUUUUUGCUUUUCGGAUGCUGAUGGUACUUUUCCGGAGAGAGUUCUCGUUUGUAGAUGCACUGUAUCUUUGGGAGGUGAUGUGGGCCAUGGAAUACAAUCCAAACUUAUUUGCAUUAUAUGAGCUGUCGCAUGACUCAAGUGCUGCUACAUGUAAGAGUGACAAACUCACAAUAGAUAAUAAGCUGCUAAAGCAAUAUGGCAAAUUUGAGAGGACAAAUGUGAAGACUGGAUGGACGGACCAAAAAAGUGCUCUUGCUGUUUUUCUUGUUGCAAGUGUUCUUGAGACCAAGAAUAAGCUACUUCUGAACGAGGCAAAGGGUCUAGAUGAUGUUGUCAAGGUCCUCUCUCUUCUCUCUCUGUGCGCGUGUGAUAUAUAUGCCGAACAUGAACAUCUACACUUCCCUAAAUUUGAAGCUUGAUCUAUCCUUUCAGAUAUUGGGUGACAUCACUGGGAAUCUUGAUGCCAAAAAAGCAUUGGACAAGGCAUUGAAGGUUCAUAAAAAGUAUCUAAGCAAGGCCCAGAAAUCAUAGUAAUGGUUUGGAAGGUCCAGCAGGCAGCAAGUGUUUUUUAUUGAGGUUUCACUUAUUUUCCUUGGUUCAUAUCCAUUUUCUUGAAGAUUUUUUUUUUCUUAUUUGGGUGACAUUAUUUUUCCAUUAUUGAUUUAAGUACCCGACUCUAAAAAAUUGAGAUAAGACUGAGUUGAGUUAUCUUUCUGAUUAUGUAUUGAUGUUUCUUUUGUAAAUAAGAGGGAAUUUUGUUGUAAGAUUUUGGGUUGAGCAGCAUAUGUCCUUCGAUAUUCUUUGGUAUUACAGAGUUUUUCGACCU